GUAGAAGUAGAAAAUGCGAAAGGAGAAAAGAAAGUGGGUGCAAAGAAUCGGAAAAAUCGCGUUGGUGCAUAUCAGACAAUUUUGUGAAAAUAGCAAAAAAUUGUUAUUGAAAUAUAAAAUUAGAGUUUCCGAUCCCUUAGAUGUAAUCAGUCCAAUAUCAUAUCAAUUAAAACGUCCAAAAAUCAGAUAGUUUAUAAAACAAGCAAAGAACUCUCAAACAAAUGAACAUCAAACCACGAAAAAUGAAGCGAUGCGGGGCAGCAAAUUCCAUGAAACUUAAGCAUACACAAUAAAUAACUUAACAAUUUCCAACUUGUUAGUGAGAAAUAACUUAAAUAAAUCAAAGUGUUAUGUUUGUUAACUAAGUGAUCAUAUAAUGUUACCAAGAAACCAAGUGCGCUGCAUGUUAUUUUUAACUUUUUUUAAUGUAAGGAGAGCAAGGGUGGAUUCGGAAAUGUAUUAUUUUACAAAACAUUGCUGAUUGCUGUGAACAUUACUGUUUGAAUUGUAACAAUUUGUUGAACAGCAGUCGUAAAAGACUUCCCAAACCAAUGUUUUUAUAGAUUUUAAAUUGUUUAAAAUUAAAAAGGUUAAUUGCGCUGCUUGCUAAUUUGUGCCUAUAAAUAUAAUGGUAGUUAUAAUAUUUUGUUAAAAAUAUCCCUGUUAAAAUCUUUGCUUGUUCGGAUCCUGUUUUUGUUGUAUGAGCAAAAUAUCAAAAAAAAUGGUAUUUUAAUAAUUAUAAUACCAAACUAAAGAAGCCAAUAAGUAGCAAGUAAAUGUUUACUCCCGUCCACACCCACCUCUUCCUCUUGCUACUGCCCAAGCAUUCUGAAAACAAUUAAUGCAGUUGGAAAAACAACAUUAAAGAAGUAAAGUGGUUCAAAUACAAAUAACUUAAAUGAACCUGGACUGCUGUGUAUGGAUUAUACAACCAAAAAUAAUUGUCGCGGGUUCGAUGAAAGCCCUAUAAUAACAUAUAAUGGAAAAAUGCUGGAUUAUCAUUUCACUGCUACAAAAGCCUCAAUCAAUAUCGAGUUAUUCUAAAACGUUUUGCACACACAUCAUAAAGUGAAAUUGAAAGUAUUUUUCAUAAAACGACACAAAACUUCACUUUAAUAUAAUUUUUUGAAAUUUCCCUUAAAUGACCUUGCCACAUUGCCUUCCAUAAGAAAUUAACACCCAGAUUUAUUAAUAUCUUCCAAGUCCAUUAUAUUCUAAAUAUAACGGACGGUUCGUAAUUUGAUGUAGAUGAAAAUAUUUAUUUAAUAACGCUGAAAGUGUGAAGAAAACAUUGGAAACUUUGUAAUACGGUAGUUUGCUAGUCAAACUUGAAGGUAGCUAGAACAAUAGAAAACAGAAAGUGGCAUGAGCCAUCCGUCAGGAUUCCGAAAAUAUGAUGAUAAUGAGUGUAGUGGGCCUAGACCACCAGUACCCGGAGAAGAAAGUCGAGUUAAAAAGAUGACCGAAGGGGUGGCUGAUAGUUCCCGAAAUUCACCACCUUCAUAUUUGAAUUGGGCUCGAACUCUUAAUCAUCUCCUUGAGGAUCGCGAUGGAGUGGAGCUUUUCAAAAAAUAUGUCGAAGACGAAGCACCUGGUUAUAAUGAUCACCUAAAUUUUUAUUUUGCCUGCGAAGGUCUAAAACAGCAAACUGAUCCCGAAAAAAUUAAGCAAAUUAUAGGAGCGAUAUAUCGGUUUUUACGAAAAAGUCAACUAUCAAUACCUGAAGACUUGCGUCGAAUAAUCAAAGCAGGUCUGAAAAAUGAAGUCCCACUCAACGCAAACAUAUACGAUUCAAUGCAGCAAUAUGUGGAAGCCACCAUACGUGACAACAUUUAUCCUAGCUUCCUCUGUUCAGAAAUGUACAUUUUGUAUAUUCAACAAAUGUCUGUUUCACAUGAACGAUUUGGGAUUGGGGCAGCUGGUUCCGGCAGCGGAAGCAGUAGUGGUGCCAGUUGUGGUAGCAGUGGAGCAGGAAUUGCUGCAUCGACAGGAGGCGCUUGCGCGUUGCCCACCAAUUCGGGAAAGGUGGCUUGCUCAUCGGUAGCACCUUUCAUUAACCUGCCUAUGAGCACUGCUGGUGGAAAUAUACCCAUUGGCGGUGCCUGCAGUGCAAGUGGUAGUGUUUAUGGUCCUUCCACAUCAGCUAGCUCCAGUGGCUCUAUAAGUGCAACUGAUACACUUCCGCGAAGCUCUACACUACCAACAUUGCAUGAAGAUUCGGAAUUAUCGCUUUGCGAUGAUUUCGAGAAGCUGCGUGUUGAAGGUGGUCGUGUCGCUGCCGAUAUGCCUAUACGUCUCACCCACGACUUAUUACUAGCAACUCAGAAGAGAAGACUGGAAAUACGGCCUCCGGGUGCUCAUGGUUAUGUGUACCCUGCGACCGCGAAUACUUCAUAUGUUCCGAAUUCACGCGUGGAUUCGGAGAGGGCGAGUGUCAGUUCCGGUGGUCGAACUGAUUCCGAUACAAUGUCGCUAUCUAGUUGUUCUAUGGAUGGCCGACCCUACAUUCAAAGAAGACAUAGUUCAAAUGAAAGCAAAGCGAUACGACAAAGUGCUAUGGCCAAUAAAGAGACUAACACGUUUCAAGUUAUCCCUCGAACACAACGCCUCCAUUCGAAUGAACAUCGUCCUCUGAAAGAGGCUGAGCUGAUUGCAUUACUUAUUCCGAAAUUGGAAGAAGUCAAACGAAAGCAAGAUAUUGAGGAUAGAGCUAGAUGUGAUCGUUUUACAGAUGAUUCAAUGCCGACAAAUGAAAGGCUUGCCAGCGAUCGCGCUUUUGCAGAUGCGAUCCGUGAAAAAUUUGCAUUGGAGGAGGACAAUGACCAAGAUAUACUUGAUCAGCAUGUAUCGAGAGUAUGGAAGGAUCAAACUCCUCACCGUUCGCCUGGUACCAUGUCACCAUGCCCGCCUCUUCCGACUCGACGUCGUACAAUAACCCACGAUUCAGGAAUGCUAAGUGACGGAGCUAUGAGCAUAGGUGGACAUUCUAUGAAACACUCCAAAUCAAUGCCGGACCACAGUUCCUCCUCCAGGAAGCUAACAAAUAAGUGGCCUUCCAUCAAUACAGAUAGUGGAAUCAGUCUGUACUCAGCCGAUACUCUUAUGAAGUACAAAGACACCAGUUCACGAUCUGGUUCAAGUACGGCCUCUAAAUCAGAAGAGGCAAAAAGAAGACUGGAAGACGAGACCAGAAGGUCUCGUCGAUAUACUCAACAGCAACAUAUACAGCCAUCACAGCAACCACCAUCAUUCAGUAGCAGUAGCAGUGGCAGCAGUAGCUUACAUCACCAGCCUCAACCACCCCCGCUACCCGCAAAACCACUAGAGACUACUACUGUCGUAUUCUCAUUCUGUGACGAAGAAUAUCCUUACAGAACGAAAAUUCCCGGCUCGCAACCGACACUGAAGCAAUUUAAGGACUACUUGCCGAAAAAGGGCAAUUUCAGGUUCUUCUUCAAAACACAUUGCGAAGAUCCGGAAAGUCCAGUGAUUCAGGAAGAGAUUGUGAAUGACAGUGAUAUUUUGCCACUAUUUGAAGGCAAAGUGAUGGGCCUAGUGAAGCCAUCCGAUUAGAUUAAGGCUAGUAUAUUAGCGACUCACAAUAAUAAAACACAGCGAGAUUAAAUUAAAACUGCAACGAAAACAAGAAAAGCAGCAAUUACGAGUAUGAGCUCCUAAGUAAUAGUACUUGGGAGAUAUUAAAAGCGUAAACGAAGGUUGACGAAGCAAAAUGUUACAUUAAAAAAUGUAUUUAGUACUUAGAGAUAAUUGAGAGGAUCACACAAAAAUCGAGUUUUGUAAAAACAAUAUUUUUAAAUUUUUAUAAAAACACAACAAUAUUUAUAUACGAGUAGAUAUUUCGAUUUAUGUAUUUUUUAUAAAAUGCUAUGAGUAUAUGUAUUUUGUUCUCGCCAAUUCUUCCAAUCUGCGAAUUUAUUUGUUUUAAAUUUGCAUUACGCAAAUUUGUUUAUGGAUUUUCUCUAAGAAAGCUGACCGAAAAAAAUUUGAUUGAAAUGUGCUUUUAUGGACUGCCUGCAAUAUAUAUUGUUUACAUAUAAGGCGCUGCCCGUUUUUGCAGCACUAAAUAUUGUUCUCGAUCACGAAAAUCAAAAGUAUUUUAUAAGAGUUUUUUUUUGUAAAUUUUGCUUUCUUAAAUUUUAUAUCGACUAAAACUAGUUCAUAACUUAAUUUUUAUAUAAAUUUGUUACGAAUAUGUUACACUCAUAUAAGUAUGAAGUUCGCUUAUAAUCACAAACAAGCCUAGACAUGCUCACAUGCUCAUACAGAGACUUGGCGAUCUAUAAAAUUUUGGAACGCUAAUUGGCGUAAUAGGUUAACUUUGUGUGAACAUAAAUAAAUUAUUAAGUGUGCAUCAUUUAAAAUAACAUACAUAUUCAUUCUUCUAUAAAUUGAAUAGUGAAUAGACUAUUCUACUGACUUAUAAUUAAAAAUCGAAGAAUAACGAUAUUUUUUUAAGUAACGGCCAAAAGAAAAUGUCGAGUGUCAUCGAAAACCUUGUUUGAAAAAAUACAAAUAAAUAAACGUAAAGAAAUAUAAUUUUAGCAUAACUAUGAACUGAGUUCAUUUCUACCAACACAAACUAAUUUGAGUACAUGAGUAAGUAUUAUACAAUUUUAUUUGCGUUAUUGAAUGACAGUCAGAAAUGUCUUCAUGAAAUCGGCACCAUAACCUCUUAUAACUCUACUUGUUCGUCAUCAAUGUGAUAUAAUAUAAAUUUAUUUAGUAUAGUCAGGAAUUGUUUUAUUAAGUUAAGCUCCAGUUACCGAUACUUGACUUGACCUAGAGAGACUUGAGAACUGUCACAUAAAAGAUCCGUUUAAUGGGCCUUACAUGUAUUUGAUUACCGAACGCAUGACUUGACUUGAAAGUCUGUUGAAUUUAGAACUCUAAGUUACGUUGACAUUUGAACUGCUCUCCCUCUCUCACUGCUUCUCUUUUCAUUCUCAUUAUGACACUAUUCCAGUGUUGCCUGAAUGCUUUCGGUUAAAAUUAAAUAUGUUAAAAUUCUAAUCUUUAAUAUUUAUAAAUCUUCAAAUAAAGAAAAAAUAAGAUAAUUCAGAGGAAAAUACCUUUUUCACAACAAUUAUGUUUUAAUAUGUUUAAUAAAAAAUCUUUUAUUUUAUUUAUAACGCAAAUACUUGUUUAACUUUAAGUGCAAUAAACAAAUCAAAUCAAAUAGGUACGAUAUGAGGGUAAUUUUUGCAACAGAAACAUAACUAUUGCGAAUCUCUCCAAGAAUUUGUGGAGAUCUGCUCAGAAAAAAAAAAUAUUUUGCGAAUUUAUGUAAUGAAAAAUUGAUUGUAAAUGUUCAAAUAUAAUUUGAAUAAAUUAUUUAUUCAACUAUCAUUUAUACGCUUGGCUGGCUCCAAUUUAUUACAUCUUCUAACAAUUCCAAAUAUCGAAAAACUGAACUACGCGUGCACGUUUCUUUUGUGCUAUUCUGCUCAAAGCUAUAUUCAUAUAUUUAUUAAAGAGUUUUCUUUCAAACAUAAAAUCUUCACGUGUUCACAGAUUUCCUAAUAGUGAAGAUUUUUUUAUAUACUAGUUUUAAAAUCUUCAAUCUUGGUGAUAUUUUAAUUUAAAAAAACUUAAUUUUAAAGCUAAAUCUGCACAUCAGGCAACUCUACCCAGAAACUAUAAUAAUAUCAGCUGAAGUUGAAGUUGUGUGAAGUAUAACUGCAUCUAAGUUUUCCAAGCCAAAUUUUUCGAAGCUGAGUCAAGUCAAGCAUCGGUAACUGGAGCUUUAGAUGAAGGGACAUUUCAGCACACUUAUGCAAGCGUCAAAUUAAGCACCACUCUCGGUUUACUUUCGGACGGUAAUUAUCACAAAUUCAGUGGUAAUGUUUUUGACGUUAAUCUGCCGUUACUCGGGAAAGAACUUGCUUUCAAGUGGUUCACACGAAUUAAUUGUCAAACUUGGCAUAAAUUGAAAGCCAUGAAAUAGGCUGCAACAACUUGAUAUUCAAUUAUUAUUACAGAGAUACUGUCGUCAAGGAAACUGCUUCCAUUUAUCGCCAAAAUGGAUUCAUAAGUCUUUAUUUUUAAAUCAUUCUGUAGAUACUUCGGAAGAUUCAUGAUCCAUAAAAUGCACUGUUUGUGUACAAUUUCGUAAAAGGGAAUAAUUCACUUAUUUCAACUUUAUUCGUCAUUAAUUUUUAAAUUUAAUACAAUUAAUUUGAGAAUUGGAGAAGCUUUCAAGUUCGAAAAGUGAGAAUGUGGUAGUAAAAAAGUGUGAGUUUGUGGCAACUUGAAAGCAAUUUCUUGAACGUGCAACGUCUUUUAUAGAUGCUUCCACUGCAAUUCCUUUACGGAUUGAGUUGUGAUCGACAAUACCGAACUAUUAUUUUCCAUAUUUAUUUGAACACAAUAUUUAAGAAAUAGUUGAAUCGCGUUAUACUACUGAACCUAAAAAAUAACUAACUUAGCAGUUAAUAGCAUUUCAUUCCACAAUUCAAUACGAUAAAGAAUUUCGAUCGAAAAUUUUCAUGCUAUCAAUGAUUCCGUCGAUAAAUUACUUUACCAUAAAGUGAGACCGUAGAAUUGUUUUAUCAAUAUUCAUCGACAAAUGCGACAAAUUUUGUAAAGUGUCUGUGCUUUUUGGUUUGUUAAAAAAAACUGACCUUUAACUAUUGUGAAAUUUCUUCCAAAAAAUAUUUAAUUCGAUUAAGGUUUUUUGAGAAAAUUCUUUCGCUAUUUCGAGGGGGCAACUUUGUAUCGCUUUAAUUUAUUUUUUUUUUUUUUUGUCUGUUUUUGUCUUUUGUCUCUAAAAUACCCAUUUAAAAUAAAAUUUAGUCCGUCGGUAGUAAUUGAUUGCAUAAAAACUUCCUAAUGGUUUACUUGUUUAAAAUUUCCGCAACUCACUCAUCAACGGAUAGAUUUCGACCAAUAUCUUGGAUUUUGCAGAAUUAAUGAUUUCAUAAUUAGCGGCAUCUAUUAGCCGCGGUAGAUACUUUUUCAAGUCGGUAAGUGAGUUCGCUCAUUAUUCCCGUCCUGAUGUAUGGCGCUGAAGCGUGGACGAUGACAACAUCCGAUGAGACGACUCUUGGGGUUUUCGAGAGAAAGGUUUUGCGCAAGAUUUAUGGUCCUCUAAACAUUGGCAACGGCGAAUACCGCAGACGAUGGAACGAUGAGCUGUACGAAUUAUACGACGACAUUGACAUAGUUCAGCGAAUAAAAAGACAGCGGCUACGCUGGCUAGGUCAUGUUGUACGGAUGGAAGAAAACACUCCAGCUCUGAAAGUAUUCGAUGCAGUACCCGCUGGAGGAAGCCGCGGAAGAGGACGACCUCCACUCCGGUGGAAAGACCAAGUGCAAAGUGACCUGGCUUCACUUGGUGUUUCCAGUUGGCGCCAAAAAGCAAAAAGGAGGAAUGAGUGGCGCGCUCUGGUGGAUUCGGCUAUAAUCGCUUAAAGCGGUUCCUACAUUAAAUAUAUAUAUAUAAGUGAGUUCAAUGUGAUUGUAAAUUUUAAUUUCAAUACAGUUUCAAUGAUUCAGACGUAAAUGUUUCGAUUGAAUCGAACCAUUUUUCGAUCGAAAUGGAUUCAAUAAUUAGGCCCAUUAUAUUAGCCGUGUUUUAUUCGGUCAUCACAAGCUAAUAGCUAAAUCAUUGGCAAAUGAAACGCACUUAGCAUAUUUCAUAUAUUCGAUUAAAAAGAAAUUGUGCAAUGCGAACUUAACACUGUAAACUGUUAACAUGUAAAGUUUUUAAUUACCAUUUAAAACAACCACCAAAAUUUAAAAUUUUGAUUUGUUUGAAUUUUCAACUGUCAAAAUGAGGUUUUUGCUAUUGCCAACUACUUUUUUUAGAAAUAACCUCACCAUUGUGAAUGAAAAAAGAUGAAUGGUAAUGCAUUUUGUUUAAUAUACAAGCUAUGAAAGCGUAAACUAAUAACUUAAUUUGGGGGUCAAAUAAAACGCGCCUAAUAUUUAUUUAAAUGUUGUUCAUCGGGUUUCACUUUUGUUUUUGUGAUAAUUAAAUACUAACACAACACCCUAAUUCUAAAAUAGUAGCAAAACAAAGCGUUGCACACAACCCAAAUAUACCACUAUGGUGGGAAACAUAAUGUAAUCAAAUCAGAUGUUUUCAAUAUUUUAAUUUAGAUUUUCAUUCGACGCCGGCUAAGUUCAAUUGUGUGCAAACAUUUUAUGUUUCUAAAGUUAAGCUCGGUUUUUGAUAAUUUGGAAGACACAAAAUACUAUAUUUUACAGUCUAUAUAGAAGAAAUUUGAGAAAGACGAUUAUAAAGACAAUUGAAAUAUUCAGGAGAUUGAAGAAUUUAUUAUUUAUAGCGCCAAAAACAAAUCGAGAUAAGUUAUAAAUUGCUUUUGACGUUCUUUUAGUACCCUAAAUAAUGUAAUACCUACCUUAUUGUGUAAUAAGAUUUACACGAAUUGUGUGUUAAUGUAUACAAGAGGCCACUGAGUCAAUUUCAUAUGGACAAUUGUGUGCUCAACCUUUCUACUAUUAUUUUAAUUAAAAAUAUAUAACUAUGAGCGAAAUGUAAUUUUUUUUAAUACUAACCAAUUUUAACUACUCUUGCAUUUUUUAACAAUGACGAUAUUUCAAUAGCGGUCUCAUUAUUUUUUUGCUAUAGUGUAUAUUAAUAAUUUCUGCACUCAUACACGUUUGUUUACAAUUGGUAGUUUUUUACUAAAUUACUUCUUUUCAGUUCGUGACUUGACUUUUCGGUUUAUAAUGAAUAAAAAAACCUUUUCAAAUCUCUUAAGCAAAGAAAAAUCGAAAUUUGAAGCUUCGGUGGCAAAAUUUCGAAAACUGAAUGAAUCAGUUCGAGAAGUUUCAAAUGAGGCGUUCGAUAUGUACGAUUUAGGAAAUAGUGAUCAUAUACCCAAUGUAAGCAGAGUAAGUUCGUCGACGUCUGGUGGUCAGGCAG